AUGGACACGCUUCGAGACGUAGAGCUCCAGCUCUCGCGCGUCGUGGCCGUCGUGCAGCAGCGACUGCUCUUUUGUGAUUCCCUCCACUGCCAGACCAACCAGUCGACCGGAGAUGUUAAACAAAUUCUGGAUAAUAUUGAGAAGCUGCACGAUAAUCUCAAAAACUCAACCAAGGAACUAGCCGCACGCCUCACUCCACUGUCAUUUUCCGUCGAAAACGAAUUAAAGACACAAGAAAUCAAAGAGACACCGGAUUUGGACUCUGAAACCGAUACAGAAGACGAAUUUUGUCAAGAUCACGAGUCGUCCUCGGAUGUGGGCAGCAAGCGAAUGAGAGAGAACUAAGGUGAGAAAGAAAACGAGCCUGAGACUAAGCGUUAGUAGUAUACACUGGAACAUUACGACGUCACUUUUUUUCCUUACCGUAU